AUGGCCCUGAUCGUGCGCCUGAAGACCGUCACCGACCUAAGAGGCAAAGGAGACAGGAUCGCCAAAGUGGCAUUCAGAGGCCUCUCCUUCUACACCCGAGUCCUCGAGAACUGUGAGGAUGAAGCUCCGUUUGACGAGACAUUCCGGUGGCCCAUCGCAAGCAGCAUUGACGUCAACGAGAUGCUGGAGAUCCAGGUGUUCAACUAUAGCAAGGUCUUCUCCAACAGACUCAUCGGAACCUUCCAGAUGGUCUUGCAGAAAGUGGUGGAGGAAGGACAGCUGGACCUGACGGACACCUUGAUAGACGACAACAACGCCGCCAUUCGGACCAGCAUCUCCAUCGAGAUUAGAUACCAGGCCAUGGACGGCACUGUGGGCACUUGGAAUGAUGAGGAGUUCUUGGAGAGCCCCAACGCGCGCUCCGAAGGCGACCCCUACGAGACGGACGUCCUGCUUCCGAGUCACCGGCAGUCGCCCAGCAAGACCAGCGCUGCAGAGAGGGCGCUGCGGAGAGCGGGGAAAGGAGUCUUUUCAGCCAUGAAGCUGGGCAAAGUACGUCCUCCCAAAGAUGACCACCACCGGAAGCACGAUGAACCAGCCAUCUUGGAGGCAGAAGACUUGGACCGUAAAGCGAUGCGUCUCGGAGGCGGCCUGGACCCGGACACCAUCUCCCUGGCUUCGGUCACAGCCGUCACCACAAAUGUGUCCAAUAAGAGAUCCAAGCCAGAUAUUAAAAUGGAGCCCAGUGCUGGAAGACCUAUGGAUUACCAGGUCAGCAUCACAGUCAUCGAAGCGCGGCAGCUGGUGGGGCUAAACAUGGAUCCCGUGGUGUGUGUGGAGGUGGGGGACGAGAAGAAAUACACGUCCAUGAAGGAAUCGACCAACUGCCCUUACUAUAAUGAGUACUUUGUCUUCGAUUUCCAUGUACCUCCAGAUGUUAUGUUCGACAAAAUUAUCAAAUUAUCCGUGAUUCACUCCAAGAACCUCCUGCGCAGUGGGACCUUGGUGGGCUCUUUCAAGAUGGACGUAGGGACUGUUUAUACCCAGUCAGAGCACCAGUUCUACCACAAGUGGGCCAUCCUGUUGGAUCCAGAGGACAUCACGGCUGGGCUGAAGGGCUACCUGAAGGUGGACGUCGCCGUGGUGGGCAAGGGAGACAACAUCAAGACGCCCCACAAGGCGAACGAGACCGACGAGGAUGACAUUGAGGGGAACCUGCUUCUUCCGGACGGAGUUCCCCCAGAAAGGCAGUGGGCUCGCUUCUAUAUCAAGAUCUAUCGGGCGGAGGGUCUUCCACGCAUGAACACCAGCAUCAUGGCCAACGUGAAGAAGGCCCUCAUUGGGGAGAACAAAGACCUGGUGGACCCUUACGUCCAAGUGGUCUUUGCGGGACAGAAGGGGAAAACCUCUGUCCAGAAGAGCAGCUAUGAACCAUUCUGGAAUGAGCAGAUCGUCUUCACAGAGAUGUUCCCUCCCUUGUGCAAACGGAUCAAGGUCCAGAUCCGUGACUCUGACAAGGUCAACGACGUGGCCAUCGGGACCCACUUCAUCGACCUCAGGAAGAUCUCCAAUGAAGGAGACAAAGGCUUCUUGCCCACGUUCGGCCCUGCCUGGGUGAACAUGUACGGCUCCACCCGCAACUAUACCCUCAUGGACGAACACCAGGACUUGAACGAGGGUCUGGGCGAAGGGGUCUCCUUCCGGGCCCGUCUGCUCGUCAGCCUGGCGGUGGAGAUUUUAGAUACCAGCAACCCUGAGCUCACCAGCUCCACAGAAGUUCAAGUAGAGCUGGCCACGCCCGUCGCGGACAACUGCACUGGCAAGAUGGAAGAGUUCUUUCUCUUUGGAUCCUUUCUGGAGGCAACCAUGGUCGACAGGAAGAACGGAGAUAAACCUAUCAACUUUGAGGUCACAAUCGGCAAUUAUGGCAAUGAAAUUGAUGGGAUGUCCAAGCCCACCAUCAAGAAGAGGAAAGAUGGCGGCGGCGGUGACGAGGAGGAAUCCGAGCUGCUGCAGAACGAGAGUGACGAGGAAGCCAAUGAAGACGGGGAGUUUGUCUCCAUUUCUACUUCCCCACCAAUGAAGCCUUUGGUCACUGACAGGAACUAUUUUCACCUUCCGUAUUUUGACAAGAAGCCUUGCAUUUACAUCAAGAGUUGGUGGCAGGACCAGAGACGGCGCCUCUACAACUCCAACAUCAUGGACAAGAUUGCAGACAAGCUGGAAGAAGGGCUGAACGACGUGCACGAGAUGAUCAAGACGGAGAAGCCCCACCCGGAGCGCCGCCUCCGAGGGGUCCUGGAAGAGCUGAGCAGCGGAUGCCUGCGAUUUGUGACUCUCUCCAACAAGGACCAGAACCAUUCCUCCCGCACACGGCUGGACCGGGAGAGGCUGAAAUCUUGCAUGCGGGAACUGGAGACCAUGGGCCAGCAGGCCAAGACCAUGCGAUCCCAGGUUAAGAAAACCACCAUCAGGGAAAAGCUGAAGCAAUCUCAGAACUUCCUGCAAAAGCUGCGGUUCCUGGCAGACGAGCCCCAGCACAGCAUCCCGGACAUUUUCAUUUGGAUGAUGAGCAAUAACAAGCGCAUUGCCUACGCUCGCGUCCCCUCCAAGGACAUCCUUUACUCCAUUGUAGAUGAGGAAACAGGCAAAGACUGUGGGAAAGUGAAGACUGUCUUCCUGAAGUUACCAGGGAAACGGGGCUUCGGGCCAGCCGGCUGGACGGUGCAGGCCAAAAUGGAGAUCUAUUUGUGGUUGGGCCUCAACAAGCAACGGAAAGACUUCCUCAGCGGCCUGCCCUGUGGCUUUGAGGAGAAGAAGCUGCCCAGGGGACAAGGUCUCCCGACCUUCCCGCCCAUCAGCCUCCUCUACACAAUGAAACAGGUCUUCCAGCUCCGUGUCCACAUGUACCAGGCCAGGAGUUUAUUCGCUGCGGACAGCAGCGGCCUCUCCGACCCCUUUGCCCGGGUCUUCUUCAUCACCCAGAGCCAAUGCACCGAGGUGCUCAACGAGACGCUUUGCCCCACCUGGGACCAGCUCCUGGUGUUCGACAACGUGGAAUUGUACGGGGAAGCCCAGGAGAUGCGGGACGACCCGCCCAUCAUCGUCAUUGAGAUCUAUGACCAGGACACCGUGGGCAAGGCGGACUUCAUGGGCCGAACGUUCGCCAAGCCCGUGGUGAAGAUGUCGGAUGAAGACUACUGCACCCCACGCUUCCCACCCCAACUGGAGUACUACCAGAUCUACCGGGGCAACUCCACUGCUGGAGACCUGCUGGCUGCUUUUGAACUGCUCCAGCUGCCUUAUGACGAUGACGAGAUCAGGCGGGCCUUGCUGGCAGCCACCGAUCCAGGCGGGCCACAAAUCAAGAUUGGCCCAGCUGGGAAGUCAGAUUUGCCUCCCAUUGAUGGACCCACGGACAUGGACCGGGGCCCCAUCCUGCCCGUGCCUCUGGGGAUCCGCCCUGUGCUGAGCAAAUACAGAGUGGAGAUCUUGUUCUGGGGACUGAGAGACCUGAAGCGAGUGAACCUGGCCCAGGUGGAUAGACCUCGAGUGGACAUUGAAUGCGCUGGCAGGGGGGUCCAGUCGUCCCUCAUCCAGAACUACAAGAAAAACCCCAACUUCAGCACCUUGGUCAAGUGGUUUGAAGUGGAUCUGCCUGAAAAUGAGCUCCUUCACCCACCCCUGAACAUCCGCGUGGUGGAUUGCCGUGCCUUUGGGCGCUACACCCUGGUGGGCAGCCAUGCUGUCAACUCCCUGCGGAAAUUCAUCUAUAGGCCUCCAGAUAAGAAGACUCAGCACUGGAGCACAGCAGCUAAGCUCAUGAGCGCCUACGCGGCCCUGGCAAACGGAGGCCCCUACUCUCGUCCUGCAGGUGAAAUUGUGAUCAACAUGGAGCCAGAAGCGCCCAUCAAGAAGAUGGAGACCAUGGUGAAACUAGAAGCGAACUCCGAUGCUGUGGUGAAGGUGGACGUGUCAGAAGAAGAGAAGGAGAAAAAGAAGAAGAAGAAGAAAGGAAGCUCAGAAGAACCGGAGGAGGAGGAGCCAGAUGAGAGCAUGCUGGACUGGUGGUCCAAGUAUUUUGCUUCCAUCGAAACGAUGAAGGAGCUACUUCGGCAACAAGAGGCAGCUGCGGCAGAAGCUGAGGAGAAGGAAGAGAUGGAUAUGUCAGAAGGCUCAAAGGGGCAAGGGAAGACCAAGGACAAAGUCAAGGCACCCAAAGAGGACAAGAAGAAGAAACAGCAGCAGCAGCAGGAGCAGCGGCCAGAAGUCCCUGAGAAGAAGAACAAGCAGAAGAUUGAUGAGAUGAAGGUGUACCCCAAAGAGGUGGAGACGGACUUUGACAACUUCGAGGACUGGCUGCACACCUUCAACCUUUUUCGUGGGAAGAUUGGCGAUGACGACGACACUGCGGCAGACGAGGACCGCAUUGUGGGCAGGUUCAAGGGCUCCAUGUGUGUCUACAAAGUGCCGCUCCCUGAUGACAUCACCAAGGAGGCUGGGUAUGACCCGAAUUUUGGCAUGUUCCAGGGAAUCCCAAACAACGACCCCAUCAAUGUGCUGGUCCGGGUCUACGUUGUGAGGGCCACUGAUUUGCAUCCCGCCGACAUCAAUGGCAAAGCUGACCCCUAUGUCGCCAUCAAGCUGGGAAAGACAGAUAUCAAGGACAAGGAGAACUACAUCUCCAAGCAGCUGAACCCAGUCUUUGGAAAGUCGUUCGACAUCGAGGCCACGUUCCCCAUGGAAUCCAUGCUGACCGUGGCUGUCUAUGACUGGGACCUGGUGGGCUCGGACGAUCUGAUCGGCGAGACAAAGAUAGACCUGGAGAACCGAUACUACAGCAAGCACAGGGCGACCUGCGGCAUCUCCAAGACGUACUCCAUCCAUGGUUACAAUAUCUGGCGUGACCCCCAAAAGCCAACACAGAUCUUAUCCAAGCUAUGUAAAGAGGGCAAAUUGGAUGGCCCCCACUAUGGCCCUGGCGGCAGGGUGAAGGUGACCAACCGGGUCUUCACUGGCCCUACAGAAGUGGAGGAUGAAAACGGUCAGAAAAAGCAGACGGAUGAGCACCUGGCACUGACGGUGUUGCACCACUGGGAGGAGAUCCCCCGCGUGGGCUGCAAGCUAGUACCUGAGCAUGUAGAAACACGGCCCUUGCUCAACCCAGAUAAGCCAGGCAUUGAACAGGGACGGCUGGAGUUGUGGGUAGACAUGUUCCCCAUGGACAUGCCGGCGCCAGGCCCUGCCAUCGACAUCUCACCAAGGAAGCCAAAGAAAUACGAGCUUAGAGUGAUAGUAUGGAACACUGAUGAGGUAGUCCUGGAGGACGAUGAUUACUUCACUGGCGAGAAAUCCAGUGACAUUUUUGUCCGGGGGUGGCUGAAAGGGCAGCAAGAAGACAAACAGGACACUGACGUCCACUACCACUCGCUGACGGGCGAGGGCAACUUCAACUGGCGCUACAUCUUUCCUUUCGACUACCUUGCAGCUGAGGAGAAGAUCGUCAUCUCUAAGAAAGAGUCCAUGUUCUCCUGGGACGAGACCGAAUACAAGAUUCCGGCCCGACUCACGCUACAGGUGUGGGAUGCCGACCACUUUUCCGCCGAUGACUUCCUCGGAGGCAUUGAGCUCGACCUGAACCGCUUCCCGCGUGGGGCUAAAACAGCCAAGCAGUGCAGCAUGGAGCUGGGAACUGGCGAGAUAGAGAUGCCCAUGGUCUCGAUCUUCAAGCAGAAGAGGGUGAAGGGCUGGUGGCCCUUCUUGGCACGCGACGAGAACGACGAAAUGGAGAUGACGGGUAAAGUGGAGGCCGAGCUUCACCUACUGACAGCCGAGGAAGCCGAGAAAAGUCCGGCCGGGCUGGCUCGUAACGAGCCCGACCCAUUGGAGAAACCCAAUCGCCCGGAUACAUCUUUCAUCUGGUUCCUGAACCCCCUCAAGUCUAUCAGAUACCUCAUUUGCACCCGUUACAAGUGGCUAAUCAUCAAGAUCGUCUUGGCCCUGCUGCUCCUCAUCAUGGUGGCCCUCUUCCUUUACUCCAUGCCCGGCUACAUGGUCAAGAAGCUCCUGGGGGCGUGAGGAAGCCGUC